GAGAGGCUGCAGAAAAAGAGGCUGCAAAACAAGAGGCUGCAGAAAGAGAGGCUGCGAAACGAGAGGCUGCUGAAAGGGAGGCUGGAGAAAGAGAGGCUGCAGAAAGAGAGGCAGCAGAAAGAGAGUCAGCAGAAAGGGAGGCUACAGAAAGAGAGGCCGUGAAACGAGAGGCUGCAGAAAAAGAGGCUGCAAAACAAGAGGCUGCAGAAAGGGAGGCUGCAGAAAGAGAGGCUGCGAAACGAGAGGCUGCUGAAAGGGAGGCUGCAGAAAGAGAGGCUGCAGAAAGAGAGGCAGCAGAAAGGGAGGUUACAGAAAGAGAGGCCGCGAAACGAGAGGCUGCAGAAAGAGAGGCUGCAGAAAGAGAGGCAGCAGAAAGGGAGGCUACAGAAAGAGAGGCCACGAAACGAGAGGCUGCAGAAAGGGAGGCUGCUGAAAGAGAGGCUGCGAAACAAGAGGCUGCUGAACGGGAAGCUGCAGAAAGAGAGGCUGCAGAAAGAGAGGCUGCAGAAAGAGAGGCAGCGAAACGAGAAGCUGAAGAAAGAGAGGCCGCAAAACAGGAGGCUGCAGAAAGAGAGGCCGCAAAACAAGAGGCUGCAAGAAGGGAGGCUGCAGAAAGAGAGGCUGCAGAAAGAGAGGAAGCGAAACGAGAAGUUGCAGAAAGAGAGGCCGCAAAACAGGAGGCUGCAGAAAGAGAGGCCGCAAAACAAGAUGUUGCAAAAAGGGAAGCUGCAGAAAGAGAGGCCGCAGAAAGAGAGGCCGCAAAACGAGAGGCUGCAGAAAGAGAGGCCGCAAAACGAGAGGCUGCAGAAAGAGAGGCCGCAAAACGAGAGGCUGCAGAAAGAGAGGCCGCAAAACGACAAGCUGCAGAAAGAGAGGCCGCAAAACUACACGCUGCAGAAAGAGAGGCCGCAAAACGAGAGGCUGCAGAAAAAGAAGCUGCAGAGAGAGAGGUCGCAGAGAGGGAGGCCGCAGGAAGAGAGGCUGCGAAACGAGAGGCUGCAGAAAAGGAGGCGGCAAAAAGAGUGGCCGCAGAAAGAGAGGCAGCAGAAAGAGAGGCCGAAAAACGAGAGGCUGAAGAAAGAGAGGCCGCAAAACGAGAGGCUGCAGAAAGGGAGGCCGCAAAAAGAGCGGCCGCAGAAACAGAGGCAGCCAAAAGAGAGGCCGCAAAAAGAGAAGUUGCAGAAAGAGAGGCUGCAGAGAAGGAGGCUACAAAACAAGAGGCAGCAGAAAAGGACGCUGUAGAAAGAGAGGCCGCAGGAUUAGAGGGAGCAAAAGAAGAGGCAGCUGAAACAGAGGCUUCAGGUGGAGAUGGGGACAGUGAAGGAACUCUGGGUUUCUUUGGAAAAGCCUUAAGUUAUUUCACUCCAAGUUCCACAACACAAGACUCAAGACAACAGGUUGAGGAUGAGGUGGAGGAACAGCCAGGUGUGCCACUUGAAGUAAACCAUACUCAUCACCUCCCACCGCAAGCAGAUACUGAGGACCACCCUGUUAAAGCUCCAGCUCUGCUGAGGCAAUACAAAACCCUCCAAGAGUAUGUGACUGCAGAGGAGAUCAACACACUGUUGGAAAUGCUUGGGAAACCCAAACUCCAGUGGCUUGACUACAGGCUGGGCAGCUCAGGGGAUCCAAAUGAAGACGUAAGUAACGACCUGUCGAUCAUGUCGGACCUGGAGUUGCUCCUGCAGCAGCACAUGGAGAGUCU